AUGACAACAUCUGUGGAUCGAACACACGCGAUGUCUGUCCCGGACAGGGGGCCUCGCUACUGCUGCGAUCUUACCGACUACGCAGGAAAGCCUUCGUCCCCGGUGAGACCCAACAUUAAUGGAGAACUCAUCGACGAUGCGUGCGACGGGAUUUUCCCGGAACAUCGACGACCAAGGGGCGUGCAUAUGGACUACGCCGGCUGCUCUGGGAUGGCUGGAGUCGAAGCAGGCCGCAUGACUGAGAUUCAACAGCAUACCCGCAAAAGGAUCGAUCCUGCGAAGGGUUCGAGCGACGGAGUCAAACAACUUCUUUCGUACACGGGAGCACAGUAUAAUGAGCGAUAUCCUACAUGCUUCGAAGGCGAAAGGACUGAGGCAGGGAUGCCAACGUAUCCCGCCGUUCGGCGGAGCAAGAGAUCCCAUUUGCGGGUGUGCGGAGGAGAUCUCGAUGAGCAGAGGAGACACUUUCAAACACGCUGGCAAGCAAUCGACGGCAAAAUGGAAUUCUGUACCUGCCGAAAAGGCGGUAGCGCAAGCGUCGAGAUCAACUACAAGCAGCUCGACCGAGACGCGACGUACCAUACCUGGAAACGUAUGCUUGGCGCGUAUGACCGUACCGCCAGAAGCCACUUACAAUGCGACCGUUUCCUCACGGUGGAAACCGAUGCAAAAAGAAGCGACCGACUGCCAGACGUGAAGAAUCGGGAGCCGCCGUUCGCAAACCCCGAUGGCCCUUUUGAGAAACGUGACACGACACGCCCCGCAGUGGAAGCCAGCAGUCUUGACAGAACACUGUGCCCUCGCAAGGGAGAAAAGACAGCCGAUGAUAAGGUGUCUGGCAAGGCCUCGCUCCCCGCUUCAAUCUAUCUCCGGAGCAGCCACUUGGCUACCUCAUCUCUUGCACCUCAAUUAGGUGCUAAGCCGCGGCAGCACUACCGAACUGCCGAAUAUAGCAAUAUGAAAAUCGAGGACUCGGUCUCUGACAUCCUUCGAGGAACGAGCGUGGAAAGAAAAGAGAGACGUCCACCACAACAGUUCUCGACUGAAUCACCGGAACAGUCACCGCUCCAGCGUGAAGACAUUCACUCCCCGUCAUUCCAUUCUGAUCAAAUGGAUCCGCGCGACGAGCAUCGGGCUAAUUUCGCGUCAAACAACCACAAAGCGGUAGCCGAGGAGUCCCUCGUGGCUUGA